AUGGCAAAUCGACAACUCGCUCGGGAUAUGCAAACCGAGUUUCAGGCGCGAUUCAACGCCAAGCAAGCCCGCCGCGAAGCCCAAAAGGCGGCCAAACAAGACAACGAGCUAAAGAAGCAAAUCCAAAACCUCCUCAAAAAAGGCGAAACCGCCCAAGCCGCCCAAAAAGCCCGCAUGCUCCUUGCCAAACAAGCCAUCGCCGCCCAAAUGGACCAAGCCGCCGACAUGGCCGAGCUCUCCCUCGCCCAGAUCCAGGCCAACAACGCAAUGAACCGCAUGACGCACAUGAUGGCCCAGUCCUCCCGCACGAUGCAGCGCGCCCAGCGCCAGGCCAACCCCGAAAAGACGCUCCUGACCCUCGAGCAGUUCCGCAGCCAGAACGAAGAGUACGCCAUGUCCAAUGGGAUUUAUCAGGACGCCAUGACGCAGAACACUUCGGUGCAGGUCAGCGAUGAUGCUGUGCAUGAGCUGUUGGGCAAGUUGGCGGAUGAUGCGGGGUUGGAGUUGAACCAGGAGCUGGCAAAGGCGAAUGCGAGCAAGGUUGAUCCGGUGAAGGAGCCGGCGCAGGCCGUGGAGCCGACGGCGGAGGAGGAGGAUGCGCUGCAGCAGAGGUUGAGGGCUUUGCGGGCAUAG